AUGACGACGUUACACUAUACCACUCUCGACGUGUUCACGACGGUGGCAUUUCAGGGAAAUCCACUGGCAAUUGUCCAUCUACCAUCUCAGCUAUCGCAGCAACAAAGAUUGCUCAUCGCUCGCGAAUUCAAAUUUUCGGAAACAAUCUUCAUCCACGACCAAGAACUAGACUCUAGAGCUGUAUUCACUAUCUCCAUCUUUACCCCGUCCCAAGAGCUACCCUUUGCAGGUCAUCCUACAGUGGGCGCGGGAUGUUAUCUGCUAUCGAAAACCAGCAAGGACAAGAUGACAUUGCGAAUGAAAGCAGGGGACGUACUGGUAUCCAGUGAGGAGACUGGCGUGCGCUUGAAAGUGCCUGUCGACUUCAAGGUGCAUGUGCCGUACUUGAACGAUAUCUUGAAGGGGAAACAGCCUGCCUUGGAAGAAAAGGACUAUGUUAACGGCAUAGAGGGUGCAGAGCCGGUGGUAUCUAUCGUCAAAGGAAUGACCUUCAUCAUGCUCGAGCUUUCUUCUUCUGAAGCGCUAGGAAAAUUACAGCUGUAUUCUCAGUGGUUUAGCUUACCAGAUGAGCAUAUAGGCGACUGGAAAGGAGCGGGAGGGCCUGCCAAGCUGUACGCGUUUGUGCGAAUGACGGAUGGGACAAUACGGACCCGAAUGUUCAAAGGGAACUGCGAGGACCCCGCUACCGGGUCGGCUACUUGCGCAUUGGGCGGCUGGUUAGGACAACAGAAUGGUGACGGCAUUUGGUGCUUCAGACUCGUACAAGGGGUUGAGAUUGGUCGACGAAGCGAAAUCACAGUGUUCGUCACUGUCUGA